AUGUCCAUUAAGCCAAAACGUCUAUCACCACGACAACGCAAUCUCAUCAUCAAAUCCUGGAGUCGAAUCAAUAAAUUGAAACUUGCGAAAGAUGCUUUCAUCGAGAUAUUCAAAGCGAGUGAUUUCGUUCGUACAAAAUUUGUUUUCGGUGAACUUACGUUGAAGAAAAUUCGACAAGACGAUCGCUUCGUUGCACAUUGUGAACAAAUUGUUACUGAGAUGAUGCGUGUAUUUUUGAGGAAGUACGCGAAUAUGGUGAAAGGAAUAAGUCAUCAACAUUGGCAAAUGUUUAUUGAUAUUUUGAUGGAUCGAAUUAUUGAGAACGGUAACAAACAGUUUGAUACAGGAAAUGAAGUGUCUCGAGCGUGGAAGAUGCUCGGUCAAUUGGUCGCAUUCCACAUACGACUCGGAUACGAUCAUGAAACGCUUCGUAGUGAACGGAGUAAACGUUUACUGCCAAUGCUACCUAUACAACAAGCCAAUAUCGAUAGGAUGCAAAAUGCAAAAUUCAAGCGAAUGAUAAGCAGGGAGGAUAUCUCGUUAGAGAAAUUCAUUCUUUUCAGUUUCGUUGGAUGA